CAAAACUUUGAAGACAGGUCGCGGACGAAUUAGUUUCACGGAUAGAUAGAGCGAUUUUUUACGACAUUUCUCUCUAAAAGUGGCACUUCCUCGUGUAUUUCGGAUUCACUUGUGCUUUCUGUCACCUACGGGACCUCCGUUCACGGGCUUAAAAGUUUGGCGUUCAUGUGAAUGUACAGGAUCCUUCCACAACAUUCAUCUGAGACAUGAAGCUCAGCAGACAGUUCACAGUUUUUGGCAGUGCCAUAUUCUGUGUGGUGGUAUUUUCCUUAUACCUGAUGCUGGAUCACAUAGACCAAAGCAAAAACCCAAAUGGAGAGAGAAUUCAAAACGGCCAGCUUGGUAUUCUGCAGGACAAAAUAGAUCACUUAGAAAGUCUGCUUGCACAGAACAAUGAGAUCAUUGCCAACAUCAGGGACUCUGUGAUUAACCUGAAGGAAAGUGUGAAAGAGGGGAAAGUGUUUCCUGAAGGGAACAUCAGUCAGGGGAUCUCAGAAUUGCUUCCCCCUGCUCCUGCGCUGCUCCCCAUUGACUCUGAGGACUGCCAGUUUGCCGCACGGACAUACUCCAAGUCAGCUGAUGGAGUGCAGAUGUUGGAUGUUUACGAUCUGCUCAGCUUUAAUAAUCUUGACGGUGGAGUAUGGAAACAAGGCUUUGAUAUCUCUUAUAAGGAGAAUGAAUGGGACAAUGAGCCACUGCAAGUAUUUGUUGUGCCCCAUUCACAUAAUGACCCCGGCUGGUUGAAGACAUUCGACGACUAUUAUCGAGACCAGACGCAACACAUCCUCAACAACAUGGUGGUCAAGUUAAGCGAGGACAUCCGGCGGAAAAUGAUCUGGUCUGAGAUUUCGUAUUUUUCAAAAUGGUGGGAGACUAUCGAUGAGCAGAAACGGGACGCUGUCAAGAGACUGGUAGACAGCGGUCAACUGGAGGUGGCCACAGGAGGCUGGGUGAUGCCUGAUGAAGCCAACACACACUACUUUGCAUUGAUAGAUCAGUUAUUUGAGGGUCACCAAUGGCUGGAGAGAAAUUUGGGAGUGAAACCAAAGACCGGCUGGGCUGUGGAUCCUUUCGGUCACACUCCUACCCAGGCAUAUCUGCUCAGACAGGCCGGUCUGUCUAACAUGCUGAUCCAGAGAGUUCACUACUCAGUGAAGAAACACUUUGCCUCUCAGAAGUCCCUGGAGUUCUUCUGGAGACAGAAUUGGGAUCAGGACUCUAGUUCAGACAUUUUGUGUCACAUGAUGCCAUUCUACAGCUAUGAUGUUCCUCAUACAUGUGGACCUGACCCAAAGAUAUGCUGCCAGUUUGACUUCAAAAGGCUCCCGGGUGGAAGAGUCAGUUGUCCUUGGAGAAUCCCACCUCAAGCCAUAACGAAAACCAACGUAGAGGAGAGAGUUCAGGUACUGUUGGACCAGUACAGGAAGAAAUCCAAGCUCUUUCGUACCAAGGUGCUGCUGGCUCCUCUUGGAGAUGACUUCCGCUACACUGAAGCUGUGGAAUGGGACCAGCAGUUUGAGAACUACCAGAAACUUUUUGACUUCAUGAAUUCUCAUCCUGAGCUCCACGUCAAGGCCCAGUUUGGCACCAUUUCGGAUUACUUUGAGGCCUUGCGUAAAAGCACUGGCAUGGAUCCUGUUGAAAUGAAUGUUGGCGAGCUGGCCCUGCCCGUGUUAAGUGGAGACUUCUUUACUUAUGCAGAUCGAGAUGACCAUUACUGGAGCGGAUACUUCACCUCACGUCCAUUCUAUAAACGGCUAGACCGGUUGCUGGAAUCAUACCUCAGGGCAGCUGAGAUACUCUACUCUUUGACCUUGGCUGAUAUUCAGCGGUUUGGCAAACCCAGUGCGGUGGGUUACCCUGCGGUGGAUAAUUACAAGUUACUGACAGAAGCCAGACGCAAUCUGGGUCUCUUCCAGCACCAUGAUGCCAUCACGGGCACAGGCAAAGACUGGGUGGUUGUGGACUAUGGAACUAGGUUGUUUCACUCCAUUCUGAAUGUGAAGCGAGUGAUUGUAAGCUCCGCACAUUGGUUGGUGCUUAAGGACAAACAAACAUACAGCCAUGAUGCUUCUAAUCAUUUUCUUCAAAUGGAUGAUGUUCAGCCAGCGCAAGAUGCCUUACCUCGAAAGACUGUUCUGGAAGUUCGCGAUAAGCCAAGGUUGGUGGUGGUUUACAACCCCACAGAGCAGGCCAGGACAUCUAUGGUUACUGUGUACGUGAACACUCUUCACGUGCGUGUGCUCAAUGCUCUUGGGCAGGUUGUCCACGCUCAGAUCAGUGCAGUAUGGAACGAUGCCACCCACCCUGACACUGAUGUCUUCCAGUUGUCGUUUGUGGCUCACGCUGCUCCGCUGGGUCUGAGUGUGUACCAGCUUAUGGAAGGAAUGGAGCCAAGGACAGAAACUCCCAAAUACACGUUCCUAAUGGAAGACAAGCGCAUUGCAGUCAGUGGACUAGACCAUUUCAGAUUGUCCUACCAGGAUGAUGCUGCUCCUUUGCAGAUUGAAAAUCCUCACCUGAAACUCACCAUCUCUGCAGCUACAGGUCUUCUAGAGACAAUGAGGCUGGAGGAGGAUGGCUCAGAGCACCAGGUCAGGGUUGAGUUUGUUUGGUAUGGCACAACCAGCAACAAAGACAAGAGCGGUGCUUACCUGUUUCUGCCAGAUAAAGAAGCUACAAGUUACUCUCCCUCUCAGCCGACUGUGAUUCGAGUCACCAAAGGGCCGCUGUUUUCUGAAGUCACCACUACCUUUACGCACAUCACACACACUAUCCGCCUCUACAACAUUCAGGGUGUAGAGGGCCAGUCUGUUGAGAUCUAUAACACUGUAGAUAUAAGGGGCGAAUUCAACCGUGAAAUUGCAAUGAGGAUAACAUCGGAUCUGAAUAGUGAGGAUCGAUUCUUUACCGACCUCAAUGGUUACCAGGUGCAGCCGAGGAAAACUAUGGUUAAACUCCCCCUGCAGGCAAACUUCUACCCGAUGACCAGCAUGGCCUACCUGCAGGACUCCAGCGCCAGACUCUCUCUGCUCACCGCACAGUCGCUGGGAGCGGCCAGCCUCAAGAGCGGUCAGCUAGAGGUGAUUAUGGACCGCAGACUGAAUCAGGAUGAUAAUCGAGGUUUAGGUCAGGGAGUGCUGGACAAUAAAAUCACUGCUAACUCCUUCCGCCUACUGUUGGAAAAGAGGAGCUCUGCGGAGGAGGGCCAGAAAGAGGAGAAUGCCCCAUAUAGCUACCCAUCUAUGCUAAGUCACAUGUCUUUCAUGUACCUCAACCACCCCCUCAUCUCCAUGGCAACCAGUCUAGACUCAGCCGCUCUAUUCUUGACCCCCUACAAUCCUCUGAGCGCCUCCUUCCCCUGCGACAUUCACCUGGUCAACCUGCGUGCCAUCCAGUCUAAGGAGGAAGGGGGCGGUCCAUCCGAGCAAGCAGCUUUGAUACUGCACAGGAAAGGCUUUGACUGUGGCUUCUCCAAUCGGAACACUGGCCUACUGUGUACCACCACACGUGGCAAGAUUCAUAUACAGACGCUCCUAACAGAUCUGAAUGUGAGAAGCAUCACUCCUGCCUCACUGUCUUUGAUGCACAUACACAAAAGUGAGUCAGACCAGCAGAUGAUCAGCCUUAAACCCAUGGAAAUCAGGACUUACCGCCUGCAGCUGAGCUGAACCAUGCAACAGCCGCAGUCGCAUCUUCUUUUGUCAUUACAUACUGGCUCAUGUUCUCAGUGUUUUAGACAGGAGCAUUUAGGACUCAGUGAGUGAUUUUCAACUUUAUCCUUAAGCUUCACAGCAAAAGUGCAAUAUAAAUCUAAAGGAAUCCCCAACCAGCUCUCUCAGGAUAUUUUAAAAUAACAUAGAACUUAGUGUGAUUCACUGUGCUGCGAGUUGACUUCUUUUGCACUGGGAAUGUGUAGUUUUCUUGUUCAGUUUUAAAAGUGAAAUCGCUGUUCUUGCUUAUGUUACUUGAUUAAGAGAAAUGUUUGGCCUGUUUGCUCAUAGGGCUUCUGCUCUGUUCAUUUUAUUGUUACAGUUCCCUGAAGACAUUGAAUUGUAAAAUAAUUGAAAUCUUGGCAGAGGAUUUGUUUUUUAAAUAAUUGGAAUCUUGUUUUUUUCCUGAAUUAGUUUUUGUUUUGUUUGUUUUGAACAGAGGACUUGUGAUCUAUUGAUUGUGUCUUUACAAUUCCUGGAUGAAAGGUGUUUAAAAUCUUUCAUCAAGUUUUGUGUUUUGUUUUGUUUAUCUAUUGAUUGUGUCUUUACAAUUCCUGGAUGAAAGGUGUUUAAAAUCUUUCAUCAAGUUUUGUGUUUUGUUUUGUUUAUCUAUUGAUUGUGUCUUUACAAUUCCCGGAUGAAAGGUGUUUAAAAUCUUUCAUCAAGUUUUGUGUUUUGUUUUGUUUAUCUAUUGAUUGUGUCUUUACAAUUCCCGGAUGAAAGGUGUUUAAAAUCUUUCAUCAAGUUUUGUGUUUUGUUUUGUUUAUCUAUUGAUUGUGUCUUUACAAUUCCCGGAUGAAAGGUGUUUAAAAUCUUUCAUCAAGUUUUGUGUUUUGUUUUGUUUAUCUAUUGAUUGUGUCUUUACAAUUCCCGGAUGAAAGGUGUUUAAAAUCUUUCAUCUAGUUUUUUCUUUUUUGCUAUUCCAAAGUUCUUGCUAAGAAUUGUGCCUUAGUCCUACAUGGUCUUAAUGUGAUAAAAUAAGAAAUGUUGAAAGCUUUUAUAAUAACAGACAACAUUUGUUUUUAUCAUUUGCCAUUGCUUUCCAGACAGAAAAAUGCCUGAAAUGUUUUAGUUCUCCACAAUCAAACUUUUUUUUGUUGUUGUUGUUUUUUUUGCAGUUAUCUCAUCACUGCUGCUUAAUUUUUGGUUUUGAGUUUAUAUUUUAGAAUUUGUAUGUGUAAAGUAUUGCGAAUAUUAUUACUGCUUUCAAAAUGUUUUCUUGAACACUUCCCCCAUCUACCAUUGGUCUGAAAAACAGAUAGUCUUGCCCUAAACUCAUGCCAUUGGUUGAGUCAAUGUUUCGAAAGCAGUACAGAGACACAGUGUUUACACAUAACAGGGAAAUCAACCUACAAAUGGCUUACUUACAGUGGCAAGAAAAAGUAUGUGAACCCUUUGGAAUUAGCUGCAACACACAAACAAUUAUAAUCUUUUAUGUCUUUAUUGAACACAUCCCAUUAAACCUUUACAGUGCUGUGGAAAAAGUAAGUGCACCCUUUGACUUAAGUCAAAGUUAUUAACUGGUUGCGGAUUAGACCUGCACAAGCUAUACUUGCAUUAUGUAGUUUCUUUGCUUUAAAUGUUCUUUGAUAAUUGCUAGUGAUGCAAAUGACUGCAAGUUACAUGUGUUUAUCAAAUUUUUGAAAUAGGUGAUUUAAUUCCAAUCAAGAAGAUGAAAUGAAGAUGAUUUUAUAUUUUUACACUUUCACACACAUUGUACUUGUCUUUUAUAUAUUUUUUAAACGAUUAUUGUCAUUAUCUGUUUUUACAAUGUAUACAGAGUAUAUAUUGGUCAGUCCCCUAACUUGUCUAUUUUACACAGUCUGAAGGAUUGUAAAUAGGUUUGUGAACAGCAUAACUUCACCAAAGGUGGGUGAAUGAUUGUGUGUACUAAAGAAUGUGGCUUCCAUUUUAAUCCCAGAGAAGAUACAUUUUAGAGAAGAGAUUAAAUUUGUCAUUUAAUUUAUUUGGUUAUUUGAAUACAAACAUAUUUAUUUAAAUAUAAAUAAAGUUCUGGCUAUGGGGAUUUCAUUAGUUGGAAGUGGUGCUUGUUAAAAAACAUGUGGUUGUAGUUAAUAUGGAUUUUUAAAACUAAACUUCAUUUGAUUGUGUUGAAGUGUAGUUAAGAAAGGAAAAAAUCAUUUUAGAACCUACAAUUGAUGUAUACAUAACACAAUUACACAAUCAAUCUAUGCAAAUAUUAUUAUUUUUUAUCUUAUGCAGCAAUGUUUUGUUUUUUUUAACCUGCAGGAUUGUGGGAUCACACAUUAUGUGGGACGUUUACCUUAAAUCUCAGACUUCCUGCUGUGAAAAAUUAUCUAAGUGAUCCCAAAUUUUAACUGACAGUUUUAUAACACUUUCUAAAAUGUAGGAGAUCAAUCAAAUUUUCAAGCAUUCAAUCAAGUCUUAACUUGUGUUCUGGGUGUCUAUUUUUGGGGUGUAUUUAUUUAUUUAUUUAUUAAUCAGCAGUGAAUAUAAUUGGCCACUUGUCUUGCGCGUGAAGGAUGAUUGUUUGUUGACUUGCUACUGUGUUUUAAAAAAAAAUGUUAAUUGAGUUGGGUCAGUCUGUUGUUCUGUUUCUGUUUGAUAAAAUAUUGACUGGCAUGUCAUUCUGUUGUUCAGUCAAAUGUUUUGCGAUCACUGUAUUCCAACAUAGCUGCUUAAUUCACUCUUCUCUUUAUGACCAAAUAUGUCUGUGACUGUAUAGUAAAUCAAGAUUUGAACAAUGCUUUUCUUGCCCUGUGAGAACAUACUACUUUUUUUUAUAUAUUGAAAGAUUAUGCAUCUUUUUUUUACUAGUGUUGCUAAUUAAAAUGUCUGUCUAUCAUUGAAUGGAAUGUGGAAAAAUAAAACAU